AGACUACAGGAGGGGUCUUCCUAUUGAGAGAGGCACUCAUGUUGGACAAUCUUGAACACGCUCGGUUGACAAUGACAAUGGUUUGCGCUUCCUACCAUGUGAGUUGCACCUCUUCCGCUAUCAUUCGCUGUGGUUGGAGUCCAAACUGGCUUGAUUGGGGGUGCAAGUGAUCGAACGGUCAGUCUUCCUAGUGACUGCUCAGUCGAGAAAACUAUGCUGGCUGCCAAAGUGGCAGGAUUAGCUCCAGGAAUCCAAUAAGCCCACGGAGGCAGCCCCCACCCGGCUUAUUUAACCGUGCCCGUUUUUCCCUCCACUUCCUAGUCACGUUCAAAAUGUCAGGUUUGCUUUCUUGAAAAUCAUCAAUGUUAAUCUAAGCGCACUUUGCAGGGUCCGCCCGCGUGACGCCCAGAGUGUCGUCGACAGUCAGCCAUGGUCAUUUUGCAACAGGGUGACUAUGUGUGGUUGGACCUCAAAACGGGCCGGGAGUUUGACGUUCCUGUGGGGGCGGUGGUCAAACUGUGUGACUCGGGUGAGAUCCAAGUCGUGGAUGAUGAAGGCCGGGAACACCGGAUCUCGCCUCAGAACGCUGGCCACAUCAAGCCAAUGCACCCCACCUCCAUCCAGGGUGUGGAGGACAUGAUCCGACUAGGAGACCUCAACGAAGCCGGCAUCCUGCGCAACCUUCUGAUCCGCUACAACGAGCGCGUCAUCUAUACGUACACGGGUUCCAUCCUGGUGGCCGUCAAUCCCUACCAACUGCUUCCCAUAUACACACCCGACCAGAUCCGCCUGUACACCAACAAGAAGAUCGGCGAGAUGCCACCGCACAUUUUCGCCAUCGCUGACAACUGCUAUUUCAACAUGCAGCGCAACAACAAGGACCAGUGCUGCAUCAUCAGCGGCGAGUCCGGAGCUGGCAAGACUGAGAGCACCAAGUUGAUUCUUCAGUUUCUGGCGGCCAUCAGCGGUCAGCACUCCUGGAUCGAGCAGCAGGUUUUGGAGGCCACGCCCAUCCUGGAAGCCUUCGGUAACGCCAAGACCAUUCGCAAUGACAACUCCAGCCGCUUCGGGAAGUACAUCGACAUCCACUUCAAUCAGCGAGGGGCCAUCGAAGGUGCCAAGAUAGAACAGUACCUGCUGGAGAAGUCCCGUGUGUGUCGACAGGCUUCAGAUGAGAGGAACUAUCAUAUUUUCUACUGCAUGUUAAAGGGCAUGCUCCCGGAGAUGAAAGCCAAACUGGGCCUGGGUCAGGCCACAGAUUACUGCUACCUCACCAUGGGUCACUGCACCGAGUGCGACGGCCGCGAUGACCUGACCGACUACUCGGGCAUCCUGGCAGCGAUGAAAGUGCUCAUGUUCACUGAGACGGAGACCUGGGAGAUUUCCAAGCUGCUGGCCGCCAUCUUGCACAUGGGCAACCUGACAUUUGAGGCUCGCACCUACGACAAUUUGGACGCCUGCGUGGUGGUCAGAUCCCCUGACCUGCUCACGGCCGCUUCUCUCAUGGAGGUGGAGCCCAAGGAUGUCAUGGUGUGUUUGACCACUCGAACCCUCAUCACGCGUGGAGAAAGUGUGGUUACGCCUCUCAGUGUGGGACAAGGCCUGGAUGUGCGCGACGCCUUUGUCAAGGGCAUUUACGGCAGAUUGUUUGUGUGGAUUGUGGACAAGAUCAACGGUGCCAUCUACAGACCGCCGUCCUGCCACGACGACAACGUCACGCGCCGCUCUAUCGGCUUGCUGGACAUCUUUGGCUUUGAGAACUUUAUCGUCAACAGUUUCGAGCAGCUCUGCAUCAACUUUGCCAACGAGAACCUGCAGCAGUUCUUUGUGCGCCACGUUUUCAAGCUGGAGCAGGAAGAAUACAACCUCGAGGACAUCAGCUGGAAGCACAUUGAGUUCACAGACAACCAGGAUGCGCUCGACAUGAUCGCCAACAAGCCCAUGAACAUCAUCUCCCUCAUCGACGAAGAGAGCAAGUUUCCCAAGGGAACCGAUGCCACCAUGUUGUACAAGCUCAACUCGCAGCACAAGCUCAACUCCAACUACAUCCCCCCGAAGAACAGCUACGAAAGCCGCUUCGGGAUCCAACACUUUGCCGGCGUGGUGCAUUACGAGACCAGAGGCUUCCUGGAGAAAAACCGCGACAGCCUCCACACGGACAUCAUUCAGCUCGUCCACUCGUCCAAGAACAAGUUCAUCAAGCAGAUCUUCCAACCCGACGUGGCCAUGUUUCUGUGUGGCUAUCAGCAGCCCAGCACACCUGCUCCAAAGGGUGCCGAGACCAGGAAGCGCUCGCCCACGCUUAGCAGCCAGUUUAAGCGCUCGCUGGAGAUGCUGAUGCGCACACUGGGCGCAUGUCAGCCCUUCUUCGUCCGCUGCAUCAAACCCAACGAGCUGAAGAAAGCCAUGUUGUUCGACCGAGAGCUGUGCAUCAGGCAGCUGCGCUACUCGGGCAUGAUGGAGACCAUCCGCAUCAGACGAGCCGGUUAUCCCAUCCGAUAUUCAUUUGCCGAGUUUGUGGACCGCUACCGAGUCCUCGUGCCCGGCGUCAAACUUGCCCACGUACAGGAAGACCUGCGAGGAACUUGCCGGCAGAUCGUCCUGGCCACAUUGGGAAGGCACGGAGACUGGCAGAUUGGAAAAACCAAGAUUUUCCUCAAGGACCACCACGACAUGGAGCUGGAAAUGGAGCGGGACAAGGGCAUCACCGACAAGGUUGUCCUCAUCCAGAAAGCGGUGCGCGGACUCAAGCAGAGGACUAACUUCCUCCGCCUGAGGAGUGCUGUGACCGUCAUCCAGAAGAUGUGGCGAGGUUAUCGCUGCAGGAACCACUACAACAUUAUGCGGCACGGCUUCCUGCGUCUGCAGGCUGUCUACCGGGCAAGGAAGUUCUACAGCAGCUACCGGGCCACCCGCCGGUGCGUGACCCUCAUCCAGGCCCGCUGUAGAGGCUUCCUGGUCCGCCGGGCCUUCUGGCGCCGUCUCCAAGCCGUGUUGACCAUCCAGGCCCAUGCCAGGGGCAUGAUAGCCAGACGCCUGGGCCGCAGGCUCAGGGCGGAGCUGCAUCAUCGCUUGGAGGCCGAGCGUCAGCGUCUGGCCGAGGAGGAGCGGCUCCGCGACCAGAUGACGGCGAGGCGCGCCAAGGCCGAGGCGGAGCGCAAUCACCGCCAGCGCCUGCUCCAGCUGACCCGCCAGUGCGAGGAGCGUGAGCGCCAAGAGCGGGAGGAGGCACGCAGGAAGAAGGAGCUGCUGGAGCAGAUGGAGCGGGAGCGCGAGCAGCCCGUGGACCACUCGGACAUGGUGGACCGCGUCUUCGGGUUCCUGGGCAACCCUGGACCGCUUCCCCACCAGGACGGGCAAGCCCCCGCCGGCUUUGAGGACCUGGUGAACGUGUCCCGGGGCGACGAGGCCGCGGCCGAUGUGGUGAACCAAACGCUUCCACUGCCGGAUGAGGACGACGAGGAUCUCUCAGAGUACAAGUUCUCAAAGUUCGCGGCAACGUAUUUCCAAGGCGUCUCCACUCACACGUACAUCAGACGGCCGCUGAAGCAGCCGCUGCUCUUUCACGAGGACGAAGGAGACCAACUGGCCGCCUUAGCAGUGUGGAUCACCGUUCUGCGAUUCAUGGGCGAUCUGCCCGAGCCCAAAUGCCAGCUGGUCCUCAAUGACGGCAGUGAGAAGAUCCCCGUCAUGACCAAGAUCUACGAAACCCUCGGGAAGAGGACGUUCAAGAAGGAGCUGCAGGAGCUGCAGUUUGACGCAGAGAACAGCUCCGUAGAUACUCAGAAGAGGAACCGUAUCCGACACAAACUUGUGUCUCUCACCCUGAAGAGAAAGUCCAAGAUCACAGAAGAGGUGACCAGGCGCUUGACCGAGGGGGACCACGGCCUCCAGGGGAACAGCAUGCUAGAGGAGCGGCCCACCUCCAACCUGGACAAACUUCACUUUAUCAUUGGCAACGGCAUCCUCAGGCCCGCCCUCAGAGAUGAGAUCUAUUGUCAGAUCUGCAAGCAGCUGACUCAGAAUCCGUCCAAAAGCAGCCACGCCCGCGGCUGGAUCCUCCUCUCUCUCUGUGUGGGCUGCUUUGCACCCUCAGAGAAGUUUGUCAAGUAUUUGCGGACCUUCCUGGUCAACGGCCCGCCCGGCUAUGCUCCGUAUUGCGAGGAGCGACUGCGCAGAACGUUUGUCAACCGCACGCGGACGCAGCCGCCGUCCUGGUUGGAGUUACAGGCCACCAAAUCAAAGAAGCCCAUCAUGCUGCCCGUAACGUUUAUGGACGGAACCACCAAGACUCUGCUGGCCGACUCGGCCACCACGGCCGGCGAGCUGUGCGGCGCUCUGGCUGACAAGAUCAACCUCACCGACCGCUUCGGGUUCUCGCUGUACAUCGCUCUCUUCGACAAGGUGUCAUCGCUGGGCAGCGGCAGCGACCACGUCAUGGACGCCGUCUCCCAGUGCGAGCAGUACGCCAAGGAGCAGGGCGCUCAGGAGCGCAACGCCCCCUGGAGGCUGUUCUUCAGAAAGGAGAUCUUCACGCCGUGGCACGACCCCACCGACGACGACGUGGCCACCAAUCUCAUUUAUCAGCAGAUCGUGCGAGGGGUGAAGUUCGGAGAGUAUCGCUGCGAGAGGGAGGAGGACCUGGCCGAGCUCGCCUCUCAGCAGUAUUACGUGGAUUACGGCGUGGACAUUCUGUAUGAUCGCCUCCUCAGCCUCAUCCCCUCCUACAUCCCAGACAGAGAGAUCACCCCGGCCAAAACGGCCGAGAAGUGGGCUCAGCUCGUUGUCAGUGCCCACAAGAAGGGCCUGCACGACAAGAGAAGGUCGGGUAUGCAGAAGGUCAAGGAGGAUGUGGUAUCUUUUGCUCGACUCAAGUGGCCUUUGCUGUUCUCACGCUUCUACGAGGCCUUCAAAUUCUCAGGGCCCAGUCUGCCCAAGAAUGAUGUGAUCGUGGCGGUAAACUGGACCGGCGUUUACUUUGUCGACGAGCAGGAGCAGGUCCUGCUGGAGCUGUCUUUCCCGGAAAUCAUCGCUGUCUCCAGUAGCAGAGGAGGGAAACUCCAAGGCCAGAGUUUCACAUUGGCCACCAUCAAAGGAGACGAGUACACCUUCACGUCCAAUAAUGCCGAAGACAUCAGAGACCUCGUCGUGGCCUUCCUCGAAGGUCUGAGGAAGCGCUCCAAGUUUGCGGUGGGACUAGUGAACUGUCCUGACCCGGCAGGCAUAGAGUCCACAUUCCUGAGUUUCUCCAAGGGGGAUCUCAUCAUCCUGGACGAACACGACGGUGGUGAGCGCGUGAUGAACUCUGGCUGGGCCCACGGCGUCAACGACAGGACCAAACAGCGAGGAGACUUUCCGGCUGACCGCGUCUACAUUCUGCCCACUGUCACCAGACCUCAAUAUGACAUUGUGGCGCUGGUGACCAUGACUCCGGAUCAGCGCCGGGAAUCGGUUACGUUGUCCCAUAUGGGCCUCGCCACCAGUGAGGAUAAAAGCAAAGACUACACGCUGGAGGAGUUCUCCUACGAUCACUUUAGACCUCCUCCAAAGAGUACUCUGAGCCGGGUAAUGAUCUCCAAGACUCGAGGGAAGGAACGUCUGUGGAGCUGCAGCCGGGAGCCUCUCAAGCAGCCUCUCCUCAAGAAGGUCUUGGCCCACGAGGAGCUUUCCCAGGAGGCGUGCCAGGCCUUCAUGGCCAUGAUGAAGUACACGGGUGACUACCCUUCCAAACGAGCGCGCUCGCUCAACGAACUCACCGAUCAGAUCUUUGAGGGGGCGCUGAAGGCCGAGCCACUCAAAGAUGAGAUCUUCUGUCAAAUUGUCAAACAGCUCAGCGACAAUCACGUCAAGUACAGCGAGGAGAAGGCAUGGGAGCUGCUGUGGCUCUGCACGGGCUUGUUUCCUCCCAGCAACAUCCUGCUGCCACACAUCCAGAAGUUCCUCCAGGCCAAGAAGCACCACCCUCUGGCUCCAGACUGCAUGCAGCGCUUGCAGAAAGCCCUCCGGAACGGCUCAAGGAAAUAUCCUCCUCACUUGGUGGAGGUGGAAGCCAUCCAGCACAAAACCACCCAGAUCUUCCACAAAGUUUAUUUCCCGGAUGACUCGGACGAGGUCUUCGAAGUGGAGUCGAGCACCAAGGCCAAAGACUUUUGCUACAACAUUUCGGGACGCCUGAUGCUCAAGUCAUCGGAGGGUUUCAGCCUUUUUGUCAAGAUCACGGAUAAGGUACGAGCAGAAAGCACUGACGUUGCGACCGCCGUGCACUUGCUUUCCUUUGCUUUUCCACGACAGGUCAUCAGUGUGCCAGACGGCGACUUCUUCUUUGACUUUGUGCGCCACUUGACCGACUGGAUCAAGAAAGCCAGACAUGUGAAAGAAGGUGUGCUGCCUUUGCUGACCUACCAGGUGUUCUUCAUGAAAAAGCUGUGGACCAACACCAUGCCUGGCAAAGACUCCAUGGCUGACUCCAUUUUCCACUACUACCAAGAGCUGCCAAAGUACCUGCGAGGCUACCACAAGUGUUCUCAGGAGGAAGUGCACCAGCUGGCGGCGCUCAUCUACAGGGUCAAGUUUGACGACGACGAGUCUCACUUCCACAACAUGGCCAAGAUCCUCAAAGACCUUGUUCCUCAGGACCAGAGCCGUCAUCUCUCCGCCGAUGACUGGAAGCGAUCCAUCAUGUCACACUUCAACAAGCAGUCUGGAAAGACGAGAGAAGAAGCCAAAGCGUGCUUCCUCAAAAUCAUCUACAAGUGGGCCACUUUUGGUUCCGCCUUCUUUGAGGUCAAGCAAACCACGGAUCCAAAUUACCCGGAAAGCCUCCUGAUCGCCAUCAACAAGCACGGGGUCAGUCUGAUUGACCCAAAGUCAAAGGACAUCCUGACCACACACCCAUUCACCAAGAUCUCCAACUGGAGCAGCGGCAACACUUAUUUCCACAUCACCAUUGGCAACCUGGUGCGAGGCAGUAAACUGCUGUGCGAAACCUCGCUGGGCUACAAAAUGGAUGACCUGCUGACAUCAUACAUCAGUCAGAUGCUAACCACCAUGACCAAACAGCGAAGCUCUCGAGGUAGCAGCAAGUGAACGACCGACCGGCGGUGCCAUCUUGGCUUUUGUGACAGAGCGCCGACGCCAUCUUGGCCCUUAACGCUCACCAGUUGCCUUGCGGUUAGCCUUUCUUUUACUUCUUUUGUUAGUUUCACCCAACGACUUCAUGUUACAAUGUUAUCGACGAACUUUUUUCGGACUCUUUUCAUCAGCGGAUCCAUUUUUUGUGGUUUUAGCAGCCGUUUCGGUAAGCUUGAUGGCGAGCUCGUGUCUAUGUGUUUUCACCAAGCUAGCUAGCCAAGCCACUCUAAGUAGCUUCUCAUCUUUCAGUGUGUGAACAAGUAAGCCAACAACACACGACAGAGGCUUCCCCUCCCUUGUGACACACAAUCCCUUUUACUUCUACUUGGAUGUGCUUUAACCCAUUCAACAUGUCCUCAUGUGGUUGGCAAUAAAUGACCUUGGAACAUA